AUGGAUUUAGAGAACAAUAACACCAAUAAUAAUACCAAUAACAAUAAUAAUAAUAAUAAUAAUAAUAAUAAUAAUAAUAAUAAUAAUAAUAAUAAUAAUAAUAAUAAUAAUAAUAAUAAUAAUAAUAAUAAUAAUAAUAAUAAUAGUUUAAAAUCAUAUAAAAAACAUAAAAGUACUGAUAGUUCAGAAUUUGAUUGUAAUAAUACAUCAUCAAAUACACCGAGUUUGGUUUUUACAUCAAAUAAAGAUACUAAUAGCUGUGAAACUGUAUUCUGGAAGGUAUUUAGAAAUAAAUUUUUAUUCAAAUUAAUAUUUUCAAAUUUCAAAUUCAAAGAGUUAUUCAGCUAUGAUGAUUUAAUUGAUCCAUAUUAUAUUUUUGACAAAUUUAGUAAUGGAGAUGCUAUUAUUAGAGAUAAAGUAAAAAGUGGAAAUUAUGUAUUUAGAGAUUUUAAUGAUGUAGAAUUGGUCAUUAGGAGAUUCACCAAAGAUACCAAAGAGAACAGAGAAUUCUAUAGACAACUAUUUUCAACAAAUAAAUACCACAACAAAAAUGAUAACAACAAUUUCAGCAACUAUUCAUUCUGGGUACAAGUAUUUACAAAUGAAAUUAAUAAAACCGCAUUUCUCGAAUACAAUAAACUUUUUCAAAUAGAUAAAAGAAAUAUUUCAGUAAAAUUAAUUAAAAAGAUCGGUAUUGGCAAUAAGAACUUAAAACUUUUAAAGAUGAAAACUUUUUUACAAUCAAAUGGAGUUACAGUUACUGAAUCGUUAUCAAUAUAUAAUGUUAUUUAUGAGUUUAACUAUUCGCACCAAUUCAAAGAGCUCAUAAAAAUUUACAAGUUUAUUAUCGCUGAAAACUACAGACCAAAAGAAAAACACAACGAUAUAGCACAACAACUAAAUCACCAAUUAGAAAUAAAUCAAUUUAAUACUAUACAAUUAAAAUCAACUAUUCAUACCAUAUCGCUAUCAAAUGAUCAAUAUUUAAAACCAAUAAUCCACAACAUACUCAAAGUACUAUAUUCAAUUUAUAAAUUAAAAUUCAAAGAUUCAACUCGAUUUAAACCAAUUAACUAUUAUAUAUAUUUUAAAGAAAAGUCUAGAGCCGAACAAGUUUUUAUAAAUAGAAAAUUAAAUAAAUACAAACACUAUAGAGAUCUAUUCACAGUUAUAAAUAGUGACGGUUGCAUUGAAUAUCAAAAAAACCUAGUUAAAUCAGAAACCAUAAGUAAUCCUCAUAGGAGGUAUUUGUUUGAGGCCGUUUUUUCAAGCAAUAAUUUAGAACUAAUCGAUCUCAUGCUCAAGCAUUUAGGAAUCCAAUACUGUCAUUUUAUUAAAUAUCUAAAGUUAAUUACAAAAACCGAGAUAUUGGACUACUUUUUCAACAACCAUAAGGAAUUAAUGUUUAGUGACAAUAAUCCACUUUGGAUGAACACCGACAGCAAAGUUAUUGACCAUUUUGAACACCUAAUGAAGAGUAUUUCAAGAAAGUUUUUAAUUAAGUUGAAACCAUUGUCUCCAAUUAAAGAUAUUUUCGAAAGAUUAGAAAGAGCACUCAACAAUCCAACACUUUAUACAUUCGAAAGCAACGAAGAUUAUCCCACAAACUCUAUUAAUAGAUAUAAUAAAUAUAUAGUUUAUGGUUUGUGUGAUGGGGCGCAGGAUUCAGUUAUAUCAAUCCUCGAAAAGCAUAUAAAAGUAUAUGGUGGCACAGAAUACUUUGAUAUUGGUUUAGUUAUAAAGGGAACAACAUUCCAAAACAACUAUAAAUUCAUAUACUGGAUCUUUCAAGACCUUUCAGACCAAUAUAUUCAAUCAAAAAUAUUACAAAAAGGAUUUACAAUUAAAUCAGGUAUAACGAAUAAUCAAAAGUAUGAAAUUAAAAUCAAAAGCAUUUAUCGUUGGGAAUUACUUUUAUACCAAUGUGGUCGUUCAAACACUUUAUUCCAAUUCAUUAUUUCAAAAUCUUGGUUAAAAGAGCUUGUAUUAAAGAAUCUAGUCAAAAAUGUAAGAGUAGGUGUUUUUUCAAAUUUACUUGACCAUUUACCAGAAUCAGAUUUCGAAAGUGAAUAUUUUAACGAAUUAUUGAUAACAGCAGCAAAAAAUGGUUUAAUUCCAAUUUUCAAAACCAUUUCCACCAAAAAUGAAUAUUUGUAUUUUUCAACAAACGAUAAAAGGUCUCAUCCAAUAAUAAACACUGAUCAUUUUCAUUUUCUCCGAUCAAGAUGUAGCAUUGGUGAUCUUAGCUUUUUAUUAAAAUAUUUUAAACUAUAA